AGCCUGUGGCCAACGAUCUCGGGUGAAUUUCUACGCGCGCCGGGAUGAUGGCACAGCAGCAUCGGCCUCAUCCAUACUUAAGUUUUUUGGGCCUUUUUGACUUGCACCAUGACAAGCAGAGAACGAGGGCAAGAGCAAAGAUGACAAUACCUCCGGUAACUUCCCAGGCACUUCAGAGACCUUCAGGAGGCUCGCAGCUGGUGUCCUCUUUCCCGUCGAGGUUCAUUUAUCUGCGUCUCUUGGCAAUUGUGCUAUGGUUCCGCACUGUUUGGGUUGCCUUUUGGGGUCCGAAGAAACCUGUGGACCAGGACAACGAACUGCGCGGAAAGCGUCCACGCCACGUGGCGGUAGUGUUUCGGCCUCUGCAGCACAGCUUGAGUUCAGCGUACGACGAAGACGGCGAGUACCAAAGCUGGAUGAAUUCAGUGGGGAACAUAGUGGAGUGGUGCUUAUCCGAUGGUGUGGCGUGCUUAACAGUGUUUGACGAGAAGGGAUUAUUAAAAUCCCAUGCUGCAAGUUUGGCGCAAAUUGUCGACAAGCUUGACUUCUGUCGAGAGAGUGCUGAUCCACCGGUGCAAGCAAAAGCAAGCAUCCAGUUCUUGGUAUCUGGUUCGCCAAUAGAUCGUACCCAAAGAGAGCGGACUAUCCUGGAUGAAGGAAUAGAUUUGGAUCCACAUGGUGUCCGUCGACCUACCGAUGAACCACAACCAUCGACGUCGUCAAAUAAAAAUUCAGAAAGCGGGCGACAUGUUGACCUGUUGGUGAAUCUUAUUUCGGCGUCCGAUGGGCGAAAUUCGCUCGUUCGCGUAGCCAGAACACUGGCACGGCAAGCGCUCGCGGCUUCUCGUGCUGACAACCCCGUUCACCUCACUGCAGACGUGGACCUGAUAGACAAGCUCAUAAAGGCUGAUAGCCCCGAUCUGAACCAGUUUCCAGAACCUGAAUUAAUCUAUGUGGUUGGCUGCCAAUCAAAUUUCGUUGAAAUCGGGAACCUCUGUCCAUGGAAUAUCCGUCUCUCUGAAUUCUGUGCGGUGCAAGGGGAAUUGUCAUUUAUGGGGUAUAGAAGAGGCAUGAAACAAUACGCCAGUUGUCAGCAACGCUUUGGAGCAUAAAUUUAAUAUUGGGUGUUUCGAUAAUAGAUCAAUGUGAUUUGGCAAGCAUGCCGCCUCUGCUCCCUAUAUACGAUAACGGAAACUACUUUUCUUCCUGUCCACUAUUAUUUGAAAUGUACAGGGCAGGCCCGGCUGCCGAAAUUCGGAUU